CGAAUUUACGAAAGUCCCUCCAAUUCUUCAUCUGCUAGAACGAGAAUGGAAAAGCUUUUCGUGGUGUCACUCCGACAAAAGCAAGAAAAAUCGGAACAAUAUCUCCUCCCAAAUCUCAUUCCUUUGGGGGCAUGUUUCCAAUUUCGAUCGACUCAACUUACCAAAUCCUUCUCUACAGAUCAUUUCCAUCAGGCUCAACACCCAGUUCUUGUAGAUCUUCCUCAUCGUUAAAGCAAACCCAUAGAGAGAAUUUCUUUCAGAGAAACAAUAGAUGAGAUGAUUUGAGACAUUGUUCUUGGAUUUCUUCUUCACUAAUGGGUAGAAAUCCCAGUCAAGUUCUCUGGCGAGAGCUGGAGAACCUUGAUAAGGAUUCUGAGAGUCGAAAGUCAGCAAUGAAAGUACUCAAGUCGUACGUGGAGGAUCUUGAUUCUAAGGCUAUUCCCCUCUUUCUCGCCCAGGUAUCUGAAACCAAAGACAACGGUUCAUCUGGGGAAUACGCCAUUUCUCUCUAUGAAGUCCUUGCUCGCGUCCAUGGUCCCAAAAUUGUCCCUCAGAUUGACAACAUCAUGAUCACCAUCGUGAAAACUUUAACAUCAAGUCCAGGGUCCUUCCCUCUUCACCAGGCUUGCUCCAAGGUGGUUCCUGCGAUUGCAAGAUACGGGAUUGAUGCAUCGGCCUCCCAAGACAAGAAGAAAAUGAUAAUUCAGUCCCUCUGUAAGCCUCUCUCCGAUUCCCUAAUGGGUUUCCAAGAGGGCCUUGCUUCUGGGGCCGCUCUCUGUUUGAAAGCUCUCGUUGAUGCUGACAACUGGCGAUAUGCUUCGGAUGAGAUCGUGAAUGAAAUUUGUCUGAGAGUUGCAGGGGCCUUGGAGGAGAAGCCCACUCAGACGAAUGCUCAUAUGGGCUUGGUUAUGGCAUUGGCAGAGCAUAACAGCCUAAUAAUUGAGCCUUAUGCCAGAUCACUGCUAAGAUCUGGUUUACAGAUCUUGAAUGCUGGAGUUGCUGAUGGGAAUUCUCAAAAGCGGUUGUCAGCGAUUCAGAUGGUGAAUUUCUUGAUGAAAUGUUUGGACCCUUGGAGUAUUUCCUCAGAGCUCGGGGCCGUGAUUGAGGCGAUGGAGAAAUGUAAUUCCGAUCAGAUGGCUUUUGUGAGAGGAGCUUCUUUUGAAGCCUUGCAGACUGCACGGACAAUAGCUGCAGAGGGAGGUUCAAGAUUUGAGGGUGACUCAAAUUCAAUGACAGAGUCAAACUUGAGUAGAAGAGGUUAUAGCAGGAAGAAAAUUUCAUGUCGUGUUGCAGACCGAUCACCUGUUUCUGCAUCACCAGAGUCACAGACUGUUGAUUCUUUCACUGAAUACGACUCAUUGGCUGAAUCACCUUUGUCAACCGCCCAAGUUUCAUGUAACUUUGAUUGCAGCAAAAGGUCGGUGAAUCGGAGACUCUGGAGAAAUGGUGGAGUUGAUGUGUCACUCAAGGACGGUCUGUACUCGGAGGUGGGUAUGGCAAGUAACGUUUCAAAUAUGCUUUUUGAGGAAUUUAACAAUGGUGAACCGAGUAACCAGGGCGAUUGCUCAGAGUUAUCAGGGUUCGUGCCGGAAAGUCCAAGAAAUAGAGUCUCGCGUAAUGCUACUCCAAGCCCCCAGAGAUCACGCUCUCAGCUUAACAUUGAUGAUAUCUUCACGACACCAAGAAAGCUCAUUCACUCUCUUCAGGAUCCAAAUGAUGUGGAUUCUGACUUUCUUGAACAACAACCCAGAAUGUUCAAAAGCCUGGCCUCGAACCAAUUAGGACGGAGCCCAGCAAGCAAUUUUGUUGGAAAUGGAAUCUCUUGCAAAUUAGAUAGUGAUAACGAAGGCGACAAACAAUCAAUCGAGACUGGGGAGAAUGUCCAAGUUGGAUCUGAAUCAGUAUCAUCAAAUAGUGAUGUUCCUUCUGAUGGUGAUCCAGGAAUUUCCAACGAAGGGGUUCCCAAAGAUAAAACUGAAGUUCAGUGCGAAAAUAUAAAGAAGAGAGGCUUGGGGAAGCUUGUUCGUAAUGUGUUCUAUGUCUUUUUUGUCCUUCUUGCAAUUAUCAUGUCAGCAAUGCGGAUUGAUAAUCAGGAUCAGGAAGACUUUAAUCUUGUUCCUACUUAGUUUAUUUAUUUUGUACACUGAACAUUGACUGGAUAACUCAUCCAGAAUUGAAAAUUAUGAGUUACUAUGUUAGUUUUGCAUUACUAUAUUCUGGACAAUCAUUGAGUAGUUUUUUUUGCUUAAUAGAAGUGAUGAGUAUUUUGUUCUUGA